AAUCUUGUUUUUCUUCUCCUUGUUCUCUCCUGCUCAACCUAUAUUAUUUAUACAAACUAGUAGUCUUUUAAUCCUUUUGCACUCUCCUUUAAACAAAGUAUUCAUGCCAAGGUAACCUUUUUCGGUCUCAAUUUUCUUCAUCUUCUCCGCUCUCUCUGUAAAUCUAACCUAGCUAGCGCAAGUUUCGGCUUGCGUGAUUUUCUUGCAAUGCAAGAUCCUCUCUUUUCUUUUUUACCAUUUAACCUUUCUUACUAUUAUUAUUAUUAUUAUUCGUGGCAUUAGUUUAGGUUUUAAUUAUUCUUUUUUGGCGGAGUGGAAUAAUUCAUGAAUUUUGUCUCCCGAUUAAUUAAGGAUGCAGAGAAAAGACACAAUCCCUAGCGACGGCGACGGCGACUCAGCCGUCGCUGCAGCCAACGGCGGCGGUGGGGGAGGGAGCCACCCGGCCUGCGCGUCGUGCAAGCACCAGAGGAAAAAGUGCGCGGAGGACUGCAUCCUGGCGGCGGUGUUUCCGGCGGAGAAGACGCGGGAGUUCCAGGCGGUGCACAAGGUGUUCGGCGUGAGCAACGUGAUCAAGAUGAUGCGGCGCGUGGAGGCACGGGACAGGGAGCGGGUGGCGGAGUCGCUGAUCUGGGAGGCGGCGUCGAGGGAAAACGACCCCGUUUUGGGCGCCCUGCGGCAGUUCCAGCGGCUGCAGGAGGAGAAGCAGCAGCUGGAGAAGGAGCUCGGCCUCUACAAGUGCCUACCUCACCACAACGGCCAUCAGAUGGUCCGGCCGCAAGGCCACGGCGCCGGCGUGAUGUACAACAAGCAAGCCCCCUCACAGCCGCCGCCGCCGCCGCUGCCGGGUUCUUGGAGUACUAACGGUGUCAGUGGCAACGGCAAGGUUGUGAAUGGCAAUGGGCAUACCAACAAUAUAUUGCAAGGGAGUUUUCCCACUAUGCAUAACACUAACAAUAAUAAUAAUAAUAGUAGUAGUAAUCAUCACGGGAAGAUGAUUAACAACAAUAAUAAAGUGGAGGAACCCGCCGCUGUUAGUUCGUUUAAGACUCGACAAUCACCGCAGCAGCAUCUUCUGCACCAUCAGCAGCCGCCGCAGUUCCAUCACCCUCAAUUCUACCAGCUAGACCUUCCUGUUCCAGGCCACUUUGCUGCAUAUAAUUUUAACGGCGGCCAAGCCAUGGAGAAUAAUCCAUAGGAGGGGAUCGACGAUAUAUAAGAAGGAAGAUGAUGACAUGAUAAUGUUUGGUUGUCUUCAUUUGCCCAAGAGAUGUCGGGCUUUUGGCCGAUGUAUGUGUAAUAUAUAAUCCUCGUGGAGCUAGCUAUUGCUAUAAUUAAGUAGAUGGCAGGAAGGAGCCAAAUUAAAUUAGGAUGUCAGC